AUGCCCAACUCCGGCUCUCCCACUACCCGUACCGCCUUCUUCUUUGUCCUGUGGUCGCCUCCAAACUCUGCUUCCCUAGUGUCCCCGCCCCGACCUGGAAGCGAGCGCCCCCGGCUGUUCGCGGCAGCCCCUCGGCGCCCGUUUACAGGGAGCUCUGUCUGGCUCCUCACAGGAUCCAGCUGCGGUUCCCAUUCGUCCCCAGCCCUGCAGGGCACACGCGCGCGUGCACACGCACGGGCUUACACUCCAGCUCACACUCCCGCGUCCUCACUCCCUGCACCCCACCCUCCGCGCCGCUCCUCCGCGGGGUGGGGGGUGGUGGGGGUGACGUCAGGACUGCAGUCCAGAGGAGAGCGGCUGGAGAGGGACGGAGAGGGUGCUGCAGUCCUGGCAUGCCCUGAAACUGCAAGUCGGGCAGAAACGACCCGGUGGAGGAGCAGGGCGCCCAGCGCCCUGCGCAGCAUCCCCGGGCUGCUGGAAGAGGCCACCACUCGGCUGGCAGUCGGGAGCGGCAGCCGGACCUCGGCCCCAGACUCGGGCCCCCGGCACGCUCGCCCGGGAGACACCCCUUCCCCCUCUUGCGCAUUUCGCAGUUGCGCUGGUGUGGGGCAUGAGAGCGCGGUGGCUCCAGGUCUCCGCGGAGCAGCUGCCAGUGGGAGAGCGAGGAGAGGCGAGGGGGCGGCAGCCUCGGCCCGAAGACUGUUUCCUUGGGCCCUCAGUCUAAUGCUGUCCACCACCCGUGAGCAAAACUCUUUCUACGGCAAGAAACAUCAAAUAUCUGUAGUGGCUCCCGCAGAGGAACCACAGAAGCAGGAUUGCUCGGGGCGCACAGUUCAGCUGAACCGACAGCCAGUGUGUAGAAGUUACCAGGUAACACAGAUGCAUAUUGUCACAAUAAAGAGGCACAAAUGCCCUCUGCUUUUUUUUCCUGGCAGGGAGGCUUUAAAACAAGAAGACCGACUUAUGAGACAGUUUGGCUCUGAGCAGUGCGAGACAUUGAGUCAGAUCAUGGCAAGAAAAAAUCCAGACAUGGUUUAUAUUGAAAUAACAUGCUUCUCACAUAGAGCACAUUCUUUGGGGAGGCAUACUUAUGCACCAGAAUGGAUUUUUUAA